AUGGCUGUUGGCACUAAAUUAGCUCUUGAAUACAGUGAACCAUUUGAGAAUCCAACUUUGUAUCGGAGUACCGUUGGUGCACUUCAGUAUCUCACGUUGUCUAGGCCUGAUGUCUCCUUCUCAGUCAACCAAUUGAGUCAGUUUUUUAAGGCUCCAACACAGUUGCACUGGCAAGCCUAUAAAAGGCUUCUUCGCCUACUGGUCGAGACCCGGCGGCGCACAGAGCGUGUCCGCUGCUUUUAUGAAUUUGUGCCUAACACUUUUGGCGUCCAAGAUCAUAAAAGAUGCUUGGCCGAGCGUGAGUUUGAAGCAUUAAAGGAACGGGUUGCAGGGAAGAGGACAGGGUUUACAAGAGUUUCCUGCAUAAAUGCUACUCUUCCUUUGUCACAGCUGUCAAGCGUCUCAGAAGAUUUAUGUGCUGCAUGUAAGUUUAGUGAUGAUGGAGAAGAUCGAGUAGUAGUUGGGACCCUUGAUCUUAAUCAGUGUCUUAGACUUCCUGAUGAAAUUACAGGAAAGAAACCUGAGGGGAUUGGAGCUGAUUUUGCAAGAGCAUACCUGAGCAAUGUAUGUGUAGCUAAGGAACUUCAAAGAAAUGGUUUAGGUUAUGAACUUAUUGCAAAGUCAAAGAUAGUGGCUCGGGAAUGGGGCAUAACUGAUCUGUAUGUCCAUGUUGCUGUGAACAAUGAACCGGCUAAGAAAUUAUACACGAAAAGUGGUUUUGUCUUUGAAAACGACGAGCCUGCAUGGCAAGCCAGGUUUCUAGACCGGCCUCGGAGGCUUCUACUCUGGUUUUGUCUCUCGGGCACGCAGGAUUUGUGAUGUUAUAUCCAUUUCCUCUCCCAAAUGCUUCACUGCUGAUUUGUUUGUACAUGUUUAUAGUUUCUGAAUCUUCUUUAUAUUCAAAAUGUAUAAAGCUACUCUGAACAACAUUGAUCAGAAAUAUUUAUACCUUUGUCAUAAUUGAUCAAAAAGAUGAGAAAAAAAUAUUUUUUCGUUCAA